UUCAACGUGAUCAAAAUAUAACCAAAAAUAACUUAACAUAACCUUAAAAUCAAUUUGGUAAACAUGAAGGGUACUCUAGGUAAAGAUGAAAUUAAGGAAUUAUCUAAAGAAGAAACUUCAAAAAUUGCCUUGUCGAGGUCUAAUUAUCAUGUGAUAUUAAAUUCCUCACAAUUAGGAAAUAUUUUAAAGUCAGUGCUGGAGUAUUUACAAUUUAAAAAAAAAGAGUUGAACACAUGGUUUAAAGGAUAUGUAUUGCAUUAUGACAAUAUAAAAGUUUUGGACAAGGUUGCACCAAUAAGCUAUGAUAACUGCAUCCACAUUAAUAUUGCAGGUGAUUUUUAUAUAUUCUCACCUGAAAUUGGAGAUGAAUUUGAGGUGGUUGUUGUGCAGAAAAAUUUGCAUUAUAUCAAUUGUCUGCUGUAUGGAAGUGUACAUGUAGGUGUAAUACAUAAAAACUCAAGUAAUAUCCAAGUAGGUGAUAUUAUAAAAGUAAAAGUAUCACAAAAAGAAGCAAAGUUAUAUUUGAAUGCAGAAUUUAUAUGUAAAUGCGAAAAAGUUGCUACAGAAACGUUUGAUGAUGUUAAAGAAGGAAUCAUUAAAGAGGAACCAUUGAAUAAGUCUAUAAAAUUUGAAGAUGACGAAGUAUGCAUUAAAAAUGAACCGGAAGAAGUAAAAAUUGAAGAAGAAAAAAUAAUCGAUUCAACGGAUUCGGUUUCUAGUGGAUUGAAGAAAUCUAAACGUAAACGACAGUGUAAUGACUCAGAUUCUUCGGAAAACGGUGUGAAGUCAAAAGAAGAUGUCGAACAGAAUUUAGAAAUUCUGAGUAAACCCAAAAAACACAAACAUAAAAAAUCGAAAGAAAGUGUUAGUUAAUAAAUUAUUACUGUUAUAGAUUU